UGUCAUCUUUACAUCUAAUCAAAUUUUAUUGGAGAGUUUGAUUUUGUGCGCUUUGCGUCAUUGUUUGUUUUGAUAAUAAAUAUAGUUUUCAAAUUAUUUACAAAAUUCUGAAGUCGUAUUGGGCAUAUUUCUCUAGAAAUGUCUCACAGAAGAUCAAGUUUUCAAUCAAAUGACCUUUUUCCCCGUGAAAUUGAUAUUGAGGUGUGCUUAAAAACGCUAAAAAUUUAUCAAAAAAUUGAAGGAGAUGUGAAUUGUGUUGUAUGGGAUGCAUCAUUAGUGUUAGCAAAGUAUCUCGAAACAAUGUGCCAGAAUAAACCUGAGUUCUUAAGUGGCAUUAGAGUAUUAGAACUUGGGUCAGGUUUAGGGGUUGUUGGUCUUACAGCUGCAACUCUAGGCGCUCAAGUCACACUUACAGAUUUACCUGAAGCACUGCCGUUGUUGCGAUUGAACAUAAAUGAAAACAAAUCGAAAAUUUCUAGUAUGGGAGGUUAUGCUAUAGCAGAGUCUUUGGUGUGGGGGGACAGUACAUCCCAAAUACUUAAAGAAGAAUUUGAUAUGAUUGUGCUAGCAGACUGUGUUUAUUAUGAAGAGGCAAUAGAACCUCUGAUACAGACAUUACAAUGCUUCACCAACACCUUAAUGAAGAAACCCACAAUGUAUUUGACUCAAGAACUCAGAGAUUCUGAAAUACAAAAGAGGUUGUGGAAAAAGUUUUUUGAAAAACUUAAUGACAUCUUUAAUGUGGAACAGAUCCCUGAAGAAGAACAACAUAAAAAUUACAGAAGCCCAGAUAUUUUACUCUUUAAAAUUACAAAGAAAUGAUUUAUUAGAUGUAAGUAUAAUUAUUAGUUUAAGUGCAUUCAGUUUAUGACAAUAAAUUUGAUUAUACAUAGAUAAGUAUCAAUAUGCAUUUCCAAUAGCUCAAAUAUUUUUCUAGUUCAAAUGAAUAAUACAGUCAAACUUCUUAAUCUACAUAAAUUAAUAGAAUGUGUCUUUACCUAUAGCAGGAUAUCAGGGGCGGAUCCAGGGGUGGUCAUGGGGGACAUGCCCCCCCCUGAGCCCUGGCUGGGUCUAGGAAAUCAGUGGCUGACUUUUUACUCAGGUGACCCUCCCCCCCCCCCUACCCCUCCUGACUAUAAAGCUGGAUCCGCCCUUGCAGGAUAUCAUUAUUGGAAUUAUUAGUAGAUUGCCUUCCUUAAAAAAAUUGCAUUUAAUUUAUUAUUGUGAGGCUUUAUUGUUUUAUACUUUUUGACAGGUCUAUUUAUAAAAAAGAUUUUUCUAGGGAUUUAGUGAUUUAAUAUUUUACUGUGUUGUGUUUACUAUUUAAUAAUUAAUUACCUCAAAUGUACAAAUUUAAUAAAGUUUCUGCCUUGUUGCCUUGAGUUUGUUUUCAUAUAAUUAUAACAUAUUUAUGUUAUAAGUGUUUUAUUUAACCACACUGCCACUCACUCUAUAUGACUUAAUUACCUAUCUGAAUAAGUAAAGUGGAGAUAAAAGCUUGUAUCAAAGAUUAUUUGUUUUACAAGUGGGCAAAGUUGUUGUUUUACCUUUCAUGCAAAUAUUGACUCCCAAGCAAGUGAAAGAUUCCAAAAUGGAACCAACAGCAUAGUGAUUCGAGUAGUGGAAUCAUGAGCGUUGCGAGGGUUUCAAGGCACAAGGGUAAAACACACUUUGCUAAUCAAGUGGAAUGAAAAUUUUCAUAUUACCAACGCAAGGAAAAAGAACACUAUAAAUAGGUUGUAAUUAACAGAAUUUUAAUAUUGGACGUGAAUCUAAGGAGAAAAUCGUUAUCAGAGGGCUUACCAUGAAAAUAGCAAUUUCGUUAUCGGCUGGCUCUAUCGCCCUUAUUCGAGUGAUAGAGAGGCAGGUAACGAAAUUUAGUUUUUCGGAACCUACGACGUGUCUCCCUGUCACGCUUACGUACGAAUUUACAAGUGCGACAGAGAGGCAACGAGGUUCGCGGUAACGCUCUCUGUAUCGGAACGGAUCUUUCUCUUUUACUCACAUUAAGAUGUAAUGGGGAAGGCGGCUGCCAAACUUUGCUACUAGAUGGCGCCACUAGAGUUUGUGACAUGUCAUUAGCCUUUUUUCUUUGAAUAAAUAAAUUUAAUUAUCUAGUAGUUAAUGGAAAUGUGAGUUACCACGAUCAAAUAAGUUUUGUAUUAAUUUAAUGAGAUAUUUAUGUACCGGUCUAAAUAAUUUUUAAUAUUAGACAUGAUCAGAGGUGGGAGCUUUGAAUCUGCAUUGAUAUCUCUGUAAGAAUUUACAUCACAGGCGAAUUCUGUUGGUGCCUCAUAAUCGACAUUUAUUUAAUGCUGGAUUCAAUUGAAAAUUAUUAUUUUGGUCGUAAAAUAUUAACUUGAUAUUGUACAUUUUCCUUGAUAUUUUAAGCAUAAUAUUUUUGAGUAAAAACAGUACAUAGCCUAAUAUACUUAACCUUUCCAUGAGGUUUUUUUUUUCCUUUUUACGGAUGCUUUGCGUUCCCUUCCCGUAUAAGUGCUUUUAACUCAGACGUCCAUA